AUGAGUACAGCGAAUAAGUUUAUCAAAUGCGUUACUGUAGGGGAUGGUGCGGUCGGUAAAACUUGCAUGCUGAUCUCCUACACGAGCAACACCUUUCCUACUGACUACGUUCCUACCGUCUUUGACAACUUCAGUGCCAAUGUGGUGGUGGAUGGCCAAACUGUCAACUUGGGACUCUGGGAUACAGCAGGUCAAGAAGACUAUAAUAGACUACGCCCUCUGAGCUACAGAGGUGCUGACGUCUUUCUUCUUGCGUUCUCGCUUAUCAGCAAAGCCAGUUAUGAGAACGUAUCGAAGAAGUGGAUACCAGAAUUGAGGCAUUACGCUGCGACCGUUCCGAUUGUCCUCGUCGGCACAAAGCUAGAUUUACGAGAUGAUUCACAAUUCUUCAAAGAGCACCCAGAUGCAACGCCGAUCAGCACUGCUCAGGGCGAGGAGCUGAAGAAGGUGAUUGGUGCAGCAGCUUACAUUGAGUGCAGCUCGAAGACGCAGCAGAAUGUGAAGGCUGUCUUUGACACGGCAAUCAAGGUGGUGUUGCAGCCACCAAAGGCGACGAAGACGAAGAAGAAGAGCGGGAAGUGUGUUAUCAUUAGAUUUUGUUUAAGGUUCACUGAAAUGACAUUACUGGACGUGUCGGCGGAAGCCAUACACGCAACGACCCCUGCGAGUGCACAGGCAGACGCCGAGGCCGUUCUGCAAAAGGGUUGCGGCGAGUACGGAUGCUCACACUACCGGAGAAGAUGCAAGAUCAGGGCUCCGUGCUGUAAUGAGGUGUUUGAUUGCCGGCACUGCCAUAACGAUGCCAAGAGUCAUUCAGAGGACAAAAGUCGACAUGAGAUCGCUCGGCACAAUAUCGAGCGGGUAGUUUGCUCUCUGUGUUCGACCGAGCAAAAGGUGCAACAAAUAUGCGAGGCAUGUGGUGUGUGCAUGGGACGGUAUUUCUGCUUCAAGUGCAAGUUCUAUGAUGACGAGGUUGCAAAGAAGCAUUUUCACUGUGACGAGUGCGGCAUUUGCAGAGUUGGUGGCAAGGACAAGUUUUUCCACUGCGACAAGUGCGGCUGCUGCUAUGCCACAUCUUUGAGAGAGGACCACCGCUGUGUGGAGAAAUCCAUGCAUCACAACUGCCCAGUGUGCUUCGAGUUUCUGUUUGAGUCGCUCCGGGAGACGUCGGUGCUGCGGGAUUGCGGGCAUACAAUCCACACGGAGUGUCUGGACGAGCUGAGGAAACACAACAGUGUGGGCCCAGCUGGACCAGGAGGUUGCUGCAACGCCCAUGCCAGAAGCAUAUCAAAACCAGAUGCCACUCAUCCUUGGUUCGCCGCAUUUCCCGCAGCCAUGUGGGAGGAAGGCGUGGUGCUCCACGGCGGGCGAAAGCGAUGGCGCCACGGCAGAGCUCGCGAGGACGGCGUGCCGCAGUACAUUCACGAUCGCCUCAUGUUACUGUGUUACGAAAACGACCCGCUGCACCUCACCCCCGCUAUAGACAACCACAGGUACAUUGGGGUAAUGACGGAAGCAGCGCGCAUAUUCGCUCACAACUACUCUGCUGACGUGCUUUUGCUCAACUUCGGCCCGCCCCUUCCUGAUGCCGAGCUCUACUCGCUCUUUAACAAGAAUGUGUGCGAGCUGGGGGCGCCGUGGGACUGGCCGCGCGGGCCCAUGGUGUGUCCUCUCGACAUCAUCUUUCGAGCCUGCUCCACCAUGCACACAUGGCUCGCAGCAGACGAUGAUCACGUGGCAGUGGUACACACGCGCAGUCCCAGCAACGCCGGGGGAGCAUGUUUCCUCCGCUUCAUUGCUGCAUGCUACCUCUCCCACAGGUGCUACCCUUUCUCACAGGUACUCUCGCCCUUCUCACAGGUACUCUCGCCCUUCUCACAGGUACUCUCGCCCUUCUCACAGGUACUCUCGCCCUUCUCACAGGUACUCUCGCCCUUCUCACAGUCUCCUGUUACCUUCACCUCCCCCACCCCAACCACCCACAGGCCCCCUUCGUCCCCCUCUUCCCCUUUUGCCUCCACAGCUGCCGUCUCUUAUCUUCCCCCAUCCCUGCCCUUUUCCCUCCCCCUUAUCCUCCCCCAUCCUCCCCCAUCCUCCUCCAUCCUCCUCAUCCUCUCCCAUCCUCGAUCCUCCCUCGUCCCCGUCCCCAAUUCGUUAUCCCUUCUCCCAUUCUCCCUCCUGAAUCCCCCCCAAUCCCCCUCCAGUCCGCGCAGAGUUUUCAGUGCAUGGAAGGCCCUCGCUUUCCUCUUCUCCUCAUCCUUCCACCCUCCCUGUCCCAAUCCCCCUCCUCCUCCCCCUCUCCGCACUUCCCCUCCUCCACCUUCCCCCCAAUCCCCCCCUUAA